AUGAAGAGCUUGAGAAGGAGCAACAUCUUCGAUGUGAUACUUACGGUCGCUAACGCAUUGCACCUGCAAUGCAACUUCAGCAUCUCGGCAUACCUUCGAGCCUGGCAGAAGCAGCCAUGGGUGAGAGUGCACCCUCCGCUCCAGCCAUUCCUACAAAACGAGGCGAAGGACCAGGAAAACAAGGCUUCCCUCCAAAUCUCCUCCUUCGCCGCUUCUGGCCUCGCAAACGCAGUCAUGCGCGAGAGUGCGCCCUCCACACCAGCCAUCCCGCGCAAUGAUACGGAGCGAGAGGAUCUGAGCGACCAGGGCGAUCAGCCUCCCCUCCCACCGACACCCUCUCUCAACUCCAAGCCAAAUCCCAAAGCCUGCUCCCGAAUCGACUCCGCCAUCACUUCAAACCGCACCACCAAAAAGAGAAAGCCGCGAAGCAAUAUCAGAUUUCAAUGGUUAAGAGAAAGUCGGCCCUUCAAAAGUGCAAAUUUGUACGAUGCAGUGCAGGCAGAGGUCGAGGUGCAGGAGGGAGAGGAGCCGAUGGAGUACAGGAGGUUGUGGGUGCAAUAG